CCCGCCCUUCUUCUGAAACGUGUCGCUUAUUUCUCGACCACCGGGUCGUUGAGUGGUUGGACCCUUUCUGUGUCCGCGGGGAGAAAGGGGUUAAGCGGACAUUUGGAAAGACCCUGUCGUGGCGUAUAAAGGGCCCGUUACCCACGCAGUCCGGCGGCCUGUGCUGGCACCACAGCGGCAGUGAUGCAGCCUUCUCCGUCGUCUCUACAAAGGCACACAGAAACGCGUCGGUAACCGAGAGAGACACGGCAGACCAGCGGAGUCUGCCGCCCGGGGCCCCCUCGUCCUCCCUCACCGCUGCCUCCUCCUGACCCGGCAUGCGAGGAUGUCCAGGAAGAUAAGGAGCGGCAAAGGUCGAGCAGCGAGCCGGAUCGAUGCUCCCACGGCCGGUGAAGUAGACUCGACAAAAACCGUGUAGUUCGCCUGAACCCUGGCAGGAUUGGGCUCGGCUUCUCGGUGGCUUCCAGAGACUCUCAGGAUGAGGAAACCCAGAGUGAUCCGGAUGGUUUUUGCCUUGUCCCUGGGAUGUUUCGUCAUGGUCAUAUUCUACUUUAACAGCAGUCUGAAGCCAGCCUCAGAGGCGGUGGGUGAAAGCAGCAGCAGACAGAAGUCGAGGAGGAGUCCUCUACAGACGCUGUACGAUGGCGAUCAGGUUGAGUCGGCGGUACAGGCGAUCCAUCAGGGCAGACGGGAGCUGCUGGAAGAAGCUUGUCGCUCCUAUACCCGCAAACGCAGAGUCCUCAUCCCCGAGGACCUGAAGCACAUCAUCGUGGACGACCAGCACGGCUUGCUCUACUGCUACGUGCCCAAAGUGGCCUGCACCAACUGGAAGCGGGUGCUCAUGGUUCUGACGGGCGUUGCCGGGUCCAACAGAGACCCUCUCGCAAUCCCUGCCAACGAGGCCCACAUCCCCGGAAACCUCCGCACACUUUCUGAGUACUCCACCUCCCAGAUCAAUCAGCGGCUGCGCUCAUACCUGAAGUUCGUCUUCGUGCGCGAGCCCUUUGAGCGGCUGGUGUCUGCGUACCGCAACAAAUUCACGCGGAGCUACAACACAGCCUUCCAUAAACGAUACGGCACAAAGAUAGUGCGGCAGCACAGGCCGGACCCGCAGCCGGAAGCUCUGGAGAAAGGAAAUGACGUCUCCUUUGAGGAGUUUGUCUAUUACCUCGUGGACCCAGCCACCCAGCGAGAAGAGCCCUUCAACGAGCACUGGGAGCGGGUGCACUCACUGUGCCACCCCUGCCUCAUCCACUAUGACGUGGUGGGGAAAUACGAGACGCUGGAGCAGGACUCCCGCUACGUGCUGCAGCUGGCCGGGGUGGAGGACCAGGUCAGCUUCCCCGCCUCAUCCAAGAGCACCAGGACUACAGGAGACAUGGCUGCCCAGUUCUUCCACAACAUCAGCCCUUUUUAUCAGAAGAAGCUGUAUAAUCUCUAUCGCAUGGACUUCCUGCUCUUCAAUUACUCUGUACCAGCCUACCUCAAGUUUAGAUGAGGCUGGAUUUCACUCGCGCACACAGAAACUAAAUUACAGAACCUGGACACCUGCAGAAGAAGCUUCUCCAUGCAAACACUGCAAGUUCUGUUUUAAGAGAAAGAAGAGCAAUCCUUAUCAGAGCUCCAAAGAAAACUAAUUUUAUUCUUGAGACCGAACAUUGCGAUGGAGAACUCUUGAAGGAAUCAUAAGAUCAACAUUGAUGCCUGAAAAAAUAAAACAAAAAUUUUAAAAA